AUGUGGGUAUAUCCUUUCUUUUUAGCAACUGUUGGAAGUCUUCGCUGUUUGAAGCUGUCAAAGGAAGUUGCCUUGUACUGGGUUCCAAGGGCUUCUUUCGAUACUUCUUGUUAUCAGACAUUCAGAAGAACGCAUCAGUUUAUAGCUGACUUGCCUACAGGUUUUACAGACAUCAUCAGACGAAAAACCUGUGUCAAACCUUUGUCUCUAGUUCCUUAUUUUUUUCCUGUUACUAUCCUUUUGCUUCCUUUUUUCUCCCUGCAGAUGGUGGAAAGUUUCAAUACUCGCGAUUAUGUUUUAGACAUAUAAAGAAAUCUAUGAUGCAUUUCUCUUACAGUCGCUCACAGGUGAAUCUUGUUAAAAGGUACACUUAUAGCAUAGCUUGCUGG